CUACCACCCUUCAUUGAUCUUACCAAUGAGGAUGUUAACGACGUUUUGCUUCUUAGUCCUGAUAGUAUUGAUUCCCAUGCUGAGAUAUUGAAUAAAUGUGCUGACGAUCAAGUGCCAAUUACGAAUCUUAAAAGAAAGCGUGGUCGACCUGAAAAAAUUAUCGCAAGUACGUCCACACCAACUGGUAUGUUUGAGUUAUUGGAUCACACUGCUGACGGUCAACUACCACUUACAAAUCUUAAAAGAAAGCGUGGUGGACGUAAAAGGAUUCUAGGAAGUACGUCCACACAAACCAAACAUGAAAAAAUAACUGUCACUCCAACUACAUACCCAACUAUAUCGAGUGAGAUAUUGGAUCACACGGCUGACGAUCAAGUACCAUUUGCGUCUCUUAAAAGAAAACGUGGACGACCAAAAAAAAAAAUAAUAGGAAGCACGUCCACACAAAUUGGUGUUGAUUUGCGUGAUCAAGCACUUGAAAAAAGAGUCGACAGACCGACUCCAUACACUACUACUUUAAGUGAAGUACUUCACCACUCUACGGAUGAUCAAGUGCCACCUACCAAUCAAACGAGAAAACGUGGUCGACCUAAAAAAAUGUUGGCGAGCACUUCUACACAAUCC